UUAAUUCCGGGAUUACAUGGGCUAUAUUAAUAGCGUUAUCCACAACAUAUUUCAAUAAACUAUCGGCAUAAUGGAUGAUAAUGAUCGUCCUUCAAGAAAAGGGUCCAAGCGCGUCACCUUCAAGCUCGUUUCAGCUUCUGCAUCGGAUCCACGGACUUCUGCGAACCCAUGGCAACGCACGCUUGUAUUGAAACAUACACCAAAUGCAGUUAUGAAAAAAAAAGAGUCUGCCAAAAUACCUAAGGAACUACUCGAUAUCAUUAGCCCGGCAGAUUUCGGUAUACAUCCUAACCUUGUGGGACCUGAAAGAGAAUCCCUAAUCGCAGAAAUAUAUGGUUCUCAUGAAGAAUAUCAAAAAUAUGCCAUUAAAUUCGGAACAUAUAACGAAAGCCACAAACCUACGGAUGAAGAGCUAGAUGAUGAUUGUUAUUUCCCCAAAGAUGGAUAUGACUAUAGCAAGCACCUUGCCACUAUUACACCUCAGAAUUUCAUUCCGGCAUUAAACCCGGAUAGCAUCACCUCAUCACGCUUUGCGAAUCUAAAUAGUACGGUCGACUUCCCUUCUCUCGGGUCAAACAUACAACGCGAUAACGGUAACACUGAUGUUGCUGAAGUAUUAAAAGCCUUAGAUGAAUCUGAAGGCGAUUUGGAAGAUAUAGAUGACGAUUUUGUAGCCAAAGCCAUGGAUAAUGAUGACCCUAGUACAUUCGUUGAUGACAAUGAACUUCUUUGGGGUGGAUAUAAGCCAAUGCUACCCGACGUCCUAGGAGCGUUUAAUAAGGGAAACGACUGCAAUCUAAACAUAUCGCACUCGGAUGAUGGAGAGGAAGCAAAGGAACAUAUUGAUUAUGACGAUGAGAUCUACGACGGUGACGAUCAAAUGCUAGAGUCGCUUUCAGCAGCAUACGACUAUGCUAGAUGGGCUAAUAAAGUAGACGAAAAAAUAACAAUGGACUCGCUGGAUCCAGAUGGAACAACGAAGGAAACUGUACUUAUGUUAGCCGAAUUAACGGACGAAAAUGACACCAGCGAUGAUGAUGAAUUCCCAGACUCAUCUGAUGAAUCUGAACAAUGGGAUGUGGAAACGGUCCUGACGAAAUAUACAAAUGUCACCAAUCAUCCGCAACGUGUAUUAACCAACGUCGUUCGACGUAUUAAAAAAGCCGGGCUGCGUGAACCUAGUGAAGCUCAACCUAAACCUAUAGAUGAUGUGGAGUAUAUAGAACUCCCGCAAGUGAUCACCACCAGAAAACCUAAUGAAACACCGGAAGAAAAACGUGCACGUAAAGCAGCUGUUAAGAAAGCAAAGGCGCUUAUUACUCGUAUGAAAAAAGAAAAUAAAGAAGCCCUUAAGAAUGUGAGGAAGAAGGUCGCAGAGAAGAGUUCAGUGGGAUCAUACGAUAUCAUGGAUGGAGUAAAAUAUUUACGUCUUAAGUAAGCUACACAUAGUAACAUAUUAGGUCCGACUAAUUCCCCAUUAAUUAUUAUACACACCUCA